AUGAAGCGAUUCUUCGAUUUCACAAUUAUCAAGUAAUUAUCGAUUGGUUCAAGUGUCUAAUCGUCGUGUUCGUUCCCUAAAACCCCCGUGAAAACACCACAAAUAAUCGAUUUUCCGUUGUUCUUCUGUCGCUUGCUUCCCAGUGCACUUAUUAUUCUGCUUUUUGCAUGGAGAACUAUUAGCAUUAACUCACGAAUCUCCAAUAUAAUCGAUAAUUGCAGAAGCGUCUGGACCGCCCGUCUCCAGACAAUUUUCGAGUCGAUUUUCGGAAAGCCACAGCCGAAAAUUGAAAAUCCGCCGAUUUUGAGCCAAAAAAAUACGCCGACGGCCACGCAGAACCCGGUGAAUCCGACGAAGAGAGAAAUGCACUCGUCCACUGUUGCCAAAGCUGUCAGUCUUUUUGUUAUAGAAAAUACCAGAGCAUGGCGGCCCAGGCUUUUUAAAGGCCUGCCGAGGCCAAGACUUUUGACCGACUUGCAAUGAUCUGAUCGGACCCAAACUUUGCAGGCUCCUAGAACUAGGAUUGAAGUACAUUGGGUCCAAGUUUCAAACCGAUCUGAUUAUCUGGGCCCGAGAUAUGUGGAUCAGAAUUAUAAUUUGUCAAUUUUAAUGGAUAUGAGUUUCUCGAAUUGAGAAUAAGAGAGAAAGGUGGUGACGUUGUUAACAAUACUGUUCCAAAUGAUUACACAAGACAAGUUGAGAAAAAAUCCAUUGAAAAUCCCGAAAAGUUCUCUAAAACCCAUGUGAAUUUGCAGGUCGCCCUGCGCAAACCGAUGAUCAAGUUCGUGGGCGCGCGCCUCCCGCGUCCGUUCUUCGACGCGUCGGCACUUCCGCCCCUUCAGGUCUCCGGCCAUUUUCCGUCCGUUUCGGCGCCCAAACCGACCGCCUCCUCGAUCGGUCCUGUCGGAAAGAUUCCGCGCGGACACGGAAUCGACGCCACCGCGCUGCCCCUCAAAUUCCGACGCCACGGACUUUCCGACGACGAAAUCGAGGCUGUCAAUGUAGGUUUUCGGUGGAUGUUUAAAAAAAAAUUAAUUUUCCCCCGUCCAACUUCCGGCCCAGCCAAAAAUACACAACUUUUUCGUAAUUCCGAUUCGCGCGCGAAAAGCAAUGAAAAGAAUAGGAAAGUCGCCUCAGAAAAAGUAGAACGGGAAAAUGAGAGACGCAGAGAAAAGUGCACUCUCACACGCUUUGGGAGGUCCUUUUCACUGCGUUUCUAUAGCGAUUUUCCCUAUUUUUACACUUCUUUUCGUAAAAUGUUUCCAUUUUUUAGACUGGAUUCUUCUACCAACGCUGA